UCGUAUUACCGCCCAUUGUUUCGUUCUGAUUGCACACACUGCAGAUCGAUCAUUGCGACUCGUGGUACCCCGCAUUAGAAUUAAUAAUGCGCGUUUUGAGUCGUUUAACUUUGGCAACCCAACGUCAACGUAACACAUUAAUUAAGCAGAAAUACUGAGCAUCCGGUUUUCCCAGGUUAUAUUGGAACUUAUUAUAUAAUAUAUCCCAUGUUUGGCAGUUAUGGACAGCUUUUGCAAGUGCGCCACAAUCUUAAAUCUAGGGUUAUGGAUCUUAGGUGCGUAUUUCGUACCACACAGUGAAGGACUUUCACCAUCUCGAUAUCGACGGCAAUCUGGUCCUUACUAUGCUGCUUUAUACCAACCACGAUCACCGGCUUACAGUGGGUCAUCGUAUCAAAACCGUGUAAACUACAAAGUCCGCACCAGUGGCACGUACAAUCAAAACACCGACAACUAUCCGGACACUUCCGGUUAUUACGAUUCCGGACGAGUAAACGUUGAAUAUGACAAUGCGCCUAACGACUACCGGAACACCGGCAGCUCUCCACAGCGAACAAGGAACACGACAUUCAACCUGGGCGAUUAUUUCCCGUAUACCCGAAGAAAUUUCACCAACAGCGGAAAUUAUAACCAGCGGCUGACAUAUGGCAGCAACACAUACGGCCAGAGUUAUUCUCGCAGCAGCAGUAAUUAUUCGCCAUCGAAUUACGCACAGAGUGGAAGCAAGGAUAAAUACCGCAACGUAAAAUAUACCCGCAACGACUACAGUUUUCGUUUAUCGGAUGAUUAUGGCAGCCGCAAUUACGGCUACACCGACUACACCAAUACCACCUGUCCGAAGUGUCCGGAUUGCCCGCCAUCGUGUAAUGCCAGCGUUAUACCGCCACCGACGAAUUCGACUAUUCAGGAUUUUCAACAGUUGCCGGAUCUGUGUGAUCCCACUCUGAUCAACGAAUGCACAACACCGUCGCUACCCUUUCGAUGCACUACGGAGCAGUGUAUAGCAACAGGAGAAGCCGGUCUCGGUGUACAGAUCUUUGCGCCUGGUGAAGUGUCCGUUUCACAAUGUAUAUUUCGAAAAUACGUCGGAGCUGUAUUGUAUUCUUACAACGUGUGUCAGGUUGGUAGCGAGACACAAGUGGAUUUGACGCCCGACUACGUUCAGAACAUUGACUGCUCGGAGACAGCUGAUCCGGAGUGUCUAUGGGCCGCUGCUGGAUCGAUUACCGUUCGGGAUCCACUCCUCUGCAGUAAUCUGUGGUCCGUCUCAGAGCCAGUGGUACUCUACUGCAUUUUGUACCUGUGGAAUCAUGACAAUGGACAGACGAAUGUGCUGGCCACGGCAAAUAUCAAUAUAACAGUCAAUCCUGACUGCCGUUGUUAAGUGGGAUGAAGCGCUACUUAGCAAUUUUGUUUCCCCGGAUGUUCCUAGUUCCUACAGCUAAUUUCCUAUGGGCGAAAAUUACUGUCCUUAUUAUAAUGUUUUCUGAUAGAACAGGAACUCUGUUAUUUAUACAGUAUUAUUUAUAUCUCACAAUUUAAAAUUAAUGUUACUUGUCAUUAUUUAUAAUUAUUCAAAAUAGGAGAUCUAUGUAAGUAGUACUUCAUGUCGU